AUGGUUACUGAAUUCCAUGGACAAAUGAUUGCAGAAGGAUUUAUUCUUCAACAAUCUGCCAAUCAGUUGUAUGAAGAAAUCAUUGAAAGGUAUGGACAAUCUAACGCACCUCAGUUGUUUGAAUUACAUAAACAAUUGUCAUCUAUCUCUCAAGGUUCUGAUUCUAUUGUUCAAUACUAUUCUAAACUGAAAAGAAUUUGGGAUGAAAUACAAUUGUUAGAUGGAUUUCCUGAUUGUGAAUGUGGAGCAUUAGAGAAAUGUUCUUGUGGAAUUUUAAAGAAGGUUUUAGCUGCUGAUCAGAAACAAAAGUUAAUUCAAUUGCUGGUUGGAUUAAAUAAAGGAUAUGAUACUGUUACAACAAACAUAUUAAGUAUGGAUCCUUUACCUAAUGUGAAUAGAGCAUAUUACAUGCUUUUACAAGUUGAGAGACAGAAUAGGCUUAAUGUUCAGCAAGAAUCUUCACUAACACCAGUGCAUUUGUGUCUAUGA